GAGUUGAAAUUUGAUUCAGAGACCAACAUUUAUGAUCAUGAUUGCCAUACUAAUAUUAGCGAGCGGUUUGGUGUCGAUCUUGGCCAGUGCUUCCGGGCUGGAUUGUGAGAACCCAGUGAAGUUGACGACCUUCAAUGCUGGUUUGACACCUCAUCUACCAGGCUACGAGUCGAGACGGGAGGUGCUACCACUUGCUCUACCACAACACGACGCGGAUGUGAUUUGCCUACAAGAAAUGUGGUUCGAGGACGACAUGAAACGACUCGUGGACAGAAUGAUACGUCGAGGUUUCAGUUUUUACAGCACCAUUAACGAAGAUGUGGAUAAGUUGAAGACAUUGCCAUCAUUCUUGGCACGUGUGUUUACACGUGCAUCCAGCCCACCCUGUGCCACUUGGCGUGUAUCGCCAUUAAUGCUCUGCUAUAUUUGGAACUGCCGUCGAACUUCCAAACUCUCUUUGCUAAUGUGCUUAGAACAGAAUUGCAGAACGUAUUUAAAUAUUAUACCGCAAGACUGCAUCUCCUGUCUUGUCAUGGGACUGUCUGGUGUGAAGACGGUGCUAAACAGGUGCAUGUCUGGUAGACAAUACAACCGCUUCAAUACCCAGGGAUUGAUGAUUUUCAGCAGAAAGAGAAUUUUGAAGGCCUCACAUCAAGUAUUCCAAGAUGAAAGGAUACGACAGAUUUUACCAAGGGGUUAUAUCGAGGCAGAGAUUGAGAAUCUUGGUACUAUCGUCUGUACCCAUUUUACUGUUAACAUCAGCCGAAAUCCGAUAGAGGAUAACUUGCCGUAUAACACCACCGGAAGCCAACAGGCAGACGAGAUCAGAAGACUUCACGAACAUUUCAAACACAAAGAGCACAUCAUUCUGGGCGAUCUGAACACCGGACCGUAUGAUCCAUCUCGAAAUCUUUGGACUAAUCUACCAGAAAACUAUCAACUACUGAAGGAUUUUGGUUAUAUAUCGCCGUACGAGAUGAACGGAGGAACGUGCACCUAUUGUGACUACAAUAACGUUCAGAAUAACGCCUCCAAAAACUCGCUAGUUGAUCAUAUCUUACUGGAACGACAGUCGUUCAGAAAUCCAAAGAGAGUAUUUACUAGAAGAGUUGGAAAAUGGAAUCUGUCGGAUCAUUUCGGAUUACAGAUUGAAGUCUGUGUUUAAUAUAUUAUAAAUAUACAGUCUUAUAUCU